AUGGACUUCAUGCAAAAGACGAGGGGUAGCGUAGCAAAAGUAAAAGUCCAAAUGGACAUCACCAAGCCUAGAAUCCAAAGUGUGUGGAUUGGCUUUGACGAAAAUGAUGACCCAAAUAGGGAAGGUAGAUGGCAGGAUAUCGAAUAUGACGAUAUACCACUUUAUUGUACUUAUUGUAAACACCAGAGUCAUACUCCUCUAGCCUGCCCAGUCAGCAGACGAGAUGCAGAACGCAAUAAGGCCAAAAACAAGGAAGAAGAGCCAAAGAAAGAUGAGUCGACAAAAAACACAGAUAACAGGUACCGAUACAAGAAACAACCACCACAACUCAAGGAGGAAGAAACAAAAUACAGGAACACUCAAACAACCAGAACAGGAAUCAAGUCCCAAACAACCAAUGGCAAACCCAAAAGAGAAGAAAAUUCAAAGGAAAGACCCAAACCGUACAAAACAACCAAAAGAUACAAGGCAACACUCAACAGGUAUAUAAACCCACUCAAGUCAGAACUACAGAGUGAGCAUCGAUCAGGUAUUGACUCAAUGCUCCCAAUCCCCCAUGGCUCCCCCUGUAGUCGUAAUGUAUUGAAUGUUUUAACUGCUGCUGCUGAAGUAGUUAAUGGAGGUGAGGAUGGUGGGUUUCAGGAGAAGCCAAUUAACUUGCAGGAUGGGGGAGAAGACUCAACCCCUACACUUCAUAACAUGGAUCUUCCUACAAUUACUCAGCCUAAUGACAACACAGAUGGAAAACUUGACACUACCAGUCAUACCACUCCACUGGGUUCUAUGGUCAAAGAACUAGGGUCUGUAGCAAGCACUAGUGUCACAGGGUCUAAUGAAAAAAAGAAUAAACUGAGCAAAAGGAGAAGGGAUGCAUUAAAAAAAAGAACAGAAGAAAGGAAUUUGUCUCACGAGGAACAAAUUUCUCUGGUAGUAGACAAUGUGAAAGAACAGCAUCCUAACCUUGGAUGCCAACAAUUUGUGCUGGAGGAUGACCAAGUGGGGAUGGAUAUUACACCCUUGCAAACUCAGUACAACCACACACCUCCUCAACAUCCUGCAAGCAGAACUGCAGAACAACACACACAAUCUCUCCCCAAAUGCACCCUCAAUACUAAUACUAAUAUAGAAGUCCCUCCUGACCUGGAUGAAUAUGCAGUUAUUGAGUCUGAAGAUGAGGGUGACUAUGAGGACCAACCCUUGAAGGAUCUAGAUGAGGAGGAUGCUGCCAGUGAACACUUAAACAGACCCUUAGGUACAUCCUACACAAAUGAGUAUGAUGAUGAGAUUCAAUAA